AUGAAAAAUCAUAUAGAUCUUCACAUACAUAGAAAAUUUGGUUCAAUAAUAGGAGUUCAAUAUCCGCGACCGUUAAAUAACGAGAAAAAAUCAAAAUGUCGGAACAUAUUAUGGAAUUUAUACGUGUAUAUCCCGUGUGCGACAAUGUUCGUCGAACUCUUAUCACAAACCGUACAAAUCGUUUUGUCAAUUGAAAACAUUGAAAUAUUAACAACGUGUACUCUAUCAACGAUUUACGUGCUGCAAUUAAUUUUUAAAUUAAUGGUAUUUAAAAAAAAUGAAAAUUUAUUUCAAGAUAUUUUCGAUGAAACCAUAGGCAUAUCAAUCGACCUGAAGAACAAUCCAUUGGCCGACGAUACAUUUAUCGAAUUUUAUAACAAACACUAUUCAUUGAUAAAAAAAAUAACCAUUUACAAAGGAAUCAUACAAUUGUCAAGUAAUUUAGGUUUACAUGCUAUUUUUUGCACUUUGAGUUGGAUAGGAAUGAAACGUGAUUCCACGGCUGCUUUCAGUUGGACACCAUACGAUUCAUCAAAGAAUCCCGAAUACACUUACACGGUUCUAUUUGAAACUUUUUGCUAUGGUUUUGUCACGGCAAGAGGAGCAGUCGUUGAUUUUUUAUUUUUGAUCAUGAUCGUUGUACCCGCAAUACAAUUAAAUUAUUUAAAAUAUUUAUUGAAAUUAAUUUUUCAAGAACAAACCCAAGAAAUUUUAAAUUCGAAAUUACAAUGGUGGAUUAAACAACAUCAAAGAAUUUUGAAAAACAUGAAGGAUUUUAAUAAAAUAUCAUCACCAUUUCUCAGCGUUAUUUACAUAGGUAGUCUAAUUGAUUUAUUUAUGGCGGGUUUUGUGGCAAUAUCGUCAUCACAUUGGGACAUUUUUCAAAGAAUCAUGAUAAAUGGAAUAAUUAUAAUUGACGCAUUACAAUUAUAUUUAUUUUCAUUAGCUGGUGAUUGGCUUCGUGAGAGUAGCGGAGAAAUACCUGAUUUAGGAUUAAGUACCGCUUUAUUCGAUUCAAAUAGAAAAAUAAAAAGAAAUUAUUUAUAUAUACAAAUAAGAGCGCAAAGACAAAUAAUAUUGAAAUUUGCCGGUGUUAAUAAUUUAUCCACUCAAACUUUUUUAAGGUUGAUAAAAUUAACAUUUACUUAUUUCAUAACAACUUUACAAAUAAGGCAAUCGAGAUUGGAACAACUGAACAAUUCUAAAAAAUAUAUUCCUUGA